AUGUCCAAUCCUCGGAAAGGACCCUCAAGAGCCGCAACUGCGUGUGCUGCUUGCCGAUCGAGGAAACAGAAGUGCAGUGGCGAAAAACCGGUCUGUGGGCAGUGUCUGGAGUACAACAGGCCAUGCAAAUGGCCAGAACAUUUGAAACGAGGUCCCGCAAAGGGUUACGUUGAAGCUUUGGAGCACCGUCUUCAGGUUACUGAGAGCGUCCUUUUCAAAUUGCUGUCUGACAUUCCAGAUAGUCAAUUAAAGGCAUUAUUUCCCGAGAACGCAGGCUCUAGAAGGGAUCGUGCAACGUCAUACGUACCUCUGGCAAGAAUAGAGAAGAAGGGCAUUGACCAUUGGAGUCUGCAUCCCUUGGAUACAGCAAAGAACAUUCGGAAUUGGCAACUGAACUGCACAGGCUAUGAAAACGACGAUUCUAGCAAUUUGACUCCUAGUGAAGUUAAUGAUUCGCCUAUUGACCCACAGCCGACUCAGGGGACAGAAAAAAACGUCGAGAACACCAAGGAUCCGGCUAUUCAUGGACACGAAAUUUCCUUUACCGGAAAACACCAAUCGCAUCAGUUCCCAGAUCAACCUCAAGAUACAAACUCUCAGAAUGUUCCCUGGGAAGCACCUGCUGACCGAGAAGAGGCAUCGUUCGAAAGGAUCUCUACAAACAGUGCGCCUGUCCACGGGGAGAGUCCCUUACAAACAAGCACCUUCUGGGACGGUGCGCCAUCAGUCAACUUUCAGCAGCAGUUUCUUUGGUGA